GGCCAGGUCUUUGGCAUGGGUUCUGAUCGUAGGGAAACACAACAUUCCCUACGAGUUUACUGCUAUCGUAGGCUCCAUGCCACGUCGCUUCUUCCCCAACGAGAAAGACUACGGGCUAGCGACCAAAGCCUCGCGCAUGCCGCUUCGCGAAACCCUCACUCGCUCUCCCUCCGUCAAAAUCCUCCCUCCCCCUCCACCAAAAUCCCGCCGCCCCUUCCAUCGGGCUCCCUCGCUCCCACUCCCGUGCCCAAUUCCUCCCACGGCGGAUUCCAAAUCUGCUCGAUCCCCUUGCUGAAGCCUCCAAAUCAGAUCUACAGGGAAGGGAGCAAUUCCUCCUGCCAUGGCCACAAAUUCGCCCACCCCAAAGCCUUGUGCCUCCGCCCCAAACCUUCUGCCGCCGCUCAUAGCUUGGAGGAGCAGGAGGAGGAGCAGCUUGUGUCCGUGAAGGAGGGGAAGGAGCUGCCUUUGGUGAGAAGGCAAGAGAGCUCGGCCUCUGCCACUGCUAUUCAAGUAAGGCUUCAAGGGAAGGAGAUAAAGGAAGAGGAUUACAUCUGUGCUGCUGUGCAACAAGGCUUGAAGGCUGGUACUUUUGGCUCAUGCAUUCGAGGUGAAACCCCAGAUGAGAUAUUGAGCAGGAUUGCUUAUGGCUGAUUUGGUGCCCAUGUGAAUGCAAAUGGCGGCAGCAAUGAUGCUUCUAUGAAUGCAACUAACAACAAUGGUGGUGGCCUUGUGAAUGUGACCACAAGUGGUGGUGGCAACUAUUCUCCUCCUCAAGACGAUGAUUUUCUGCUUUUUUGAAGUCAUUUAUUCUCCAGAUAUGCUACUUAUGCAUUUUGGCGAAUCAAACACCUUUUCCAUGUCCAGACAUUUAUUUGAUGCCCUGGAUAUCAGGUUAGCACAUAGUGUUGGUGGCUCUUGGUAAUGCUGUCUCAGUUAGAUGUUUUCACCCAGUUUUAGCUGAACUUGUAGACUUGGGUUGGCAUAGAAUUUUGGUGGCUGUUAGUAAUGCCUUCUAUUUUAGAUGGUUUCACCUGAUUUAGCUGAACUCUUAGACUUGAUGGUGGCUGUAAUUUUUUGAGCUGCAAGUAGCUAGUAAUGUGAUAUGGCUAUACAACUUUAUCAUCAAUGUGUUCGUGAAUUU